CGAGGGCUCAGUUCCCUCCUGCAGGUGUUCUGAAAAUUGUCGACUCAGAAGUAUCUCCACCUUCCUCUGGGCUAGCAGCGACUUAAAUCGGGUGUGAAAGAUUGACGAUUUUAUUUAACCAACUGUGAGCCUGGUGUCGUUACUCAAGAUCAGAGGAAAUAUCUUAGCGGAUCAUGGGGAAGAGUUGCUUUAUCUGUGCAAUCGUUGUCGCGGUUAUUCUGGCGAUGAAUGGAGGCGCUGAUGCCUGGGGUGGUCUCUUCAACCGCUUCACACCGGAAAUGCUGUCUAAUCUUGGAUAUGGGGGACAGGGGGGGUAUAAGCCCAGUUAUCUACAGCGACCACUGGUUGGUCAUUACGGCAACGAUUUUGGCGAGGGGCUUCAAUUUGCCGGUGAUGAUGAUCCCUGCGAUCACAGGCCCUGCGGAUCUAAUGAGCAUUGCUGUCCCGGACAAAUAUGCAUGAAUGUCGCUGGUGGACCGGAGGGCACUUGUUUCUAUGCCUGGGGGUUGAAACAGGGUGAGCUUUGUGCAAGAGAUAAUGAUUGCGAAACGGGGCUGAUGUGCGCUGAUGUUGCUGGUGGGGACACGAGGUCCUGUCAGCCCCCGGUGACAUCCAACAAGCAGUACAGUGAGGAGUGCCUGAUGUCACGGGAAUGCGAUAUCACCAGGGGUUUGUGCUGUCAGAUUCAGCGUCGUCACCGUCAGGCGACGAGGAAAGUCUGUUCAUACUUCAAGGAUCCACUAGUCUGCAUCGGUCCAGUGGCAACUGACCAAAUAAAAUCAAUUGUUCAGUACACAUCCGGCGAAAAGCGAAUUACCCAGGGCCAGCACAAUCGCAAUCUCCUCUACAAGCGGGGAUUGUUCCUCUAAACUGACACCACCGGAAAAAACCCCACAAGAUUAAACAUAUCAGAGAGAAAGUACCGCCGUUAAAUGAAUUUUAUUUCCUUAGCGACUCGAUUUUAUUUUAGCCCAAUGUCUUGAUUCGCCGACCAAUUGUCCUAAAUCCACUGUCCUACGUGCAUAUCAAUGAAUGGAGAGAAUAAAAAAACGUUAUAAAAAGCGAUGGAUCGAGUGCAAUCGGACAGGUAGUGGAAUUGGAUCGACGAAUUAACGAGAUUAUUAAUACGAUACGAGUGCGAGACAGUGUGACUUCCAAUUUACUCGAUCACUACGACUGAAUAAUACAAAACAUAUCAGUGUAGAAGAGGUAGGAAAUGUAUUCCCUAGUUACGUCCUUUGACGUAGCAGCACAAAUGUUAACUGUAGUCUUUACGCAUAAGGGACUCAAGUCCAUUUGAAGAGACUCUGCUUAUUUUUUUCUCUCCCACAAUUUCACGAUUAUUGAAUAUGAAUUUCGGAUUUACCCUCGUAUAGAGAUAGAUAUGAUUUUCCAAUGCAUCAGUGCAUCGUGAUUAAUAAAUGUACAAGGAGAAAAAUGUAGAAAACAAAAAACAUAUCAUGCGAUUGCCUAAAUGCAUCGAGAGGAGAGUUUUAAAACUGUGAAUGUUAAUGCGAGUAUAUUCUAUGAUUAAAUUAUAUUUUUAUCUUCUACCCGAUAUUUAAGCUACAACGUAAAAUAUACACAUAAUAUAUAUUUGCAUAGUAUUCAUAUACUUUGCCCUCGAGACCUGAGGAGGCAUUACAGAAUAAUAUACGUCCUACUUAAAAAUUUGAAACGAUUGAGAGUGCGGGGAUAGGCAGUUGCAGAAUUCCAAAUUCUAUCGAUAUAUCUUCGUGUGCGCCCCUGGCCUAUUAUAAACCGUUUGAAAAAAAUUACUGAAUUUCCCAGACAUCUGUCUUAAAAUAUUAAAAAGGUUGUAGUGCCAUUGAAUUUUUCUCAUUGAGAGUUCAUUUUUUCGAGAAAAUCCAUGAAAAUGGAAAAUUGAUGUCGGAAAUGUUGGGAAAACUUAGGUGAAAGUAGAAAAUUUUAAUAAUAACUAUUCAUAAUGAUUGAGGAAUUCUCAUCGUUUCUCCAAUUCAGUAAUUUCCGGGAAAUUCAGCAAUUUGGUUUGACAGCACAGAAAGAAUGGAUUUUUUUUUGGGUCGCCCCUCGUGAUCAAGUCUAAUUCUCCUACUGAGAGCAAAAAUAAUUUCCUACAAGUGAAUUUAACUGCAAGAAGUAAUACUUCUAUCAGUAAUAAUCCACUCGAUUAUUUUAUUUAUUCACGCUGGAUAAGUAAUUACGGAAGGAGAUGAUUUGACGGACGCGAUAUCCGGAACACAUAUCAUAGAUCAUAAGUACUUGUAAGAGAUACAAAAAAAAAUUGAAAGAAAAUAUUUUGAAUCAAUUUUUGAUUGUUUAUGGAUAAUCAAAUGACCGAGGUAACUUCAAUCAGUUGUUUUCUAUUUUUUGAACCAUCGCUAGGAAUAAAUGAGUGGUAAUUGUAUUAAUUUUCCAUGUCUUCUCAAUUAAACUGAUAAGGCAAUGAAAUUAACAGCCAUUAGGCUGCGAGUCGAGAGUACCUUUGUCAUCAUUAAUUCUUUGAAUGAUAAAUUACGUUAUACGGACAUAAAUAUAUAUGUGUAAUCGUUUCUCCCGAUUUAUUGUUCAGGUAUAGUUGAGAAUAAAUUAUUGUGCAAAUACCA